AUGCAGGGCAGCAUGGGCAACCUGGUCGGCCAGGCGGCGGUGGCCAGCAGUCCGAAGAUGAGCGCCAGCGCCGAGUGGACCGUGCCGCAGCCGUCGAAGCUGAAGUACACGCAGCUCUUCAACUCCAACGACCGCGCCCGCAGCGGCUUCCUCACCGGCCCCCAGGCGCGCAACAUUCUCCUGGAGACGAAGCUGCCGCAGGCGAAGCUCGCCCAGGUGUGGAACCUCGCCGACGUGGACGCCGACGGGAAGCUCACCUGCGAGGAGUUUGUCCUCGCCAUGCACCUCAUCGACAAGGUAAGGGCCAGUGAGCCGCUGCCGGCGAAGCUGCCGCCCGACCUGGUGCCGCCCUCCUACCGGCGAGUGGUGGUCACCGGCGGUGGAGCGGGAGCAGGAACUGGAACGCUGUCGCACGGCUCCUCCCUCGACGACCCCGCCUCGGACAGCGACAUGUUGAAGAACAGCUUUGAAGACAAGCGGCGGGAGAACUACGAGAAGGGCCAGGCAGAGCUGGACCGCCGCCGGGCGGCCAUGGCCGAGCAGCAGAAGCGCGAGCGGGAGGAGCGGGAGCGCAAGGAGCGCGAGGAGAAUGCCCGCCGGGAGAAGGAGCGCCUGGAGGCGGAACGGCGCAAGCAGGAGGAGCUGGAGCGGCAGCAGCAGCUGAUCAGGGAGAAGGAGCUAGAGAAGGAGGAGGCGAAGCGGCGGCAGUCGGAGGUGCGUGAGCUGGCCCGCCGCGAGAUGGAACGCCAGCGCCAGCGGGAGAUUGAGCAGACGCAGCGGCAGGAGCUGAUCAACGUGCGCAGUCGCCUGCAGGAGGAGGUGCUGAAGCUGAAGUCGAGGCGGAAGGCGCUGAAGAUCGAGCACGAACAGGCGGAGAAGCGGAUUGCGGAGAGCAAGGCGGCGGCGCAGGCCUCCCGCGACAAGGUGGUCCGCGUGAAGGCGGACAUUGAUGGGAUGCGCUCAAGAAGGGACGGCAUUCUGGCGCGACAGGCCGCCACGAAGGAGCAGAUGAAGGCACUCACCGACCGGCAGCUCUUCAUUGAGCAGGAGAAGGUGAAGUUGUCGGCGCAGCUCAAGACGCUCUUUGCCAACGCCAGCAACGGCCUGGGCAGCAGCACCGCCGACCAGAUGACCAGCUUCGCGUCGAUGCUGCAGGCGAAGCAGCUCGCAAUCAACCAGCUGCGCGCCCACGUCGAUCGCUACGAGUCGGAGUACAAGACGAAGCGGGAGGACGUGCGGACCGGCCGCCAGGAGCUGGAGGAGAUGAAGCGCCGAUUUGAGCGGAAGCGACAGGAGGCGAAGGCAUUUGCUGACCGCAUCGAGGCGAAGCGCCAGGAGGCGGAACGGCUGAGGGAGCUGGGAGCGGAUGCGGCCCGGUCGCCUGGCCUCUCGAAUGCCACCACGGCGGCGCCGGCCUUCUCCAGCAGCGACGUCGAGGUAAUGUCGGUGCCGCAGUUUGACUGGGGCAGCCAGUCGAAGAAGAACGAGGGAUUUAGCGGCGGCAGCGCUGCGCCCAGUGCUGGCAGUAAUCGUCAGCCGAGCUCGCUGCAGACCAAGUUCAAGUACCAGUGCAUCUACGAGUUUGAGGCGCGGAACAAGGACGAGAUCAGCAUCAAGCCGGGGGACAUCAUCAUGGUGGACACGUCGGCCGCCUCUGAGCCAGAGUGGCUCUCCGGCGAGGUCAACGGCAAGGUGGGCUGGUUUCCGCAGGGCUACGCCGAGCUGAUUGACGAAAAUGGCGACUCGGCGAUGGCCGUCGUCGACAAUGAGCCGAAGCCGCUGGAUGCCGCCUGGGGCGCCGCCUCGGUGGACAACUCGGCGGAGGUGGCCGCUGCGGAGGAGGCGGCAGCUGCCUCAUCCUCUGCUUCAGCCACUACGGCCCCAGCCGACAGCAGCUUCACCGCGACGGCCAGCGCCAACACGACCACCCUGAAGACGGCCCGGGCGCUGUACGACUGGACGUCCACUGAGCAAGGUCACCUCAACUUCAACACCGGCGAGCUGAUUCGCAUCACCGAGUACCAGGACACGUGGUACUAUGGAGAGCUGGUCAGUGGCGCGGCCGCUGGCUGGUUCCCCGAAAGCUACGUGGAGAUUGUCGCCGGAGAUGCUGCUUCAGCUGCUGAUCAGCCGCCCUCGUACUACGUCGGCCUGUACGCCUUUGAGUCGCAGGAGAAGGGCGACCUGGAGUUUGGCGAGGGGGAGCUGGUGCUGGUGGAGAAGAAGGACGGAGAGUGGUGGACGGGUGUCAUUGUCGACCGCACUACCGGACAGCCCAAUGAAGCUCGAAGGGGCAUCUUUCCCUCCAACUUUGUCGGGCCGGCCACGGCAGCAGACAUUCCCUUG